CAACACUGAACCUGUUGGUAUGACUGAAUUCAUUAUUAAUUUAAUAUAAUAUGUAACAAUUUUCCUUUUUGUUAAAUUAAUUGUUAAAAAAUAUAUGUUUUGUUUGCUAUUUAAAAGUUUUAAAGGCUCAGAUUGUCUUAUAUGUAAAGUACCAGAAAAAGAAGUCAAAUCAUUGGUGGUUAAACGUAAGAGGUUAAUUUGCCACUGAGGAAGUAAGCAGCUGUUUGGCAGGUGACCAUCUGGUACUUAAAUGUGCAACAUGUUGUAGUUGCAGACAUUUCAGCGGGCAAGUUUCUCUCGUUUUGAGAGCGUGUUAUUAAUCAGGAGAUAUUUUUUUGGUUUGGUUUUCAAAAUUUUUUAUUCAAUGAAAUUUGUUACAAUUAGCGUACAGCGGUGCUGUUACAAUGAGAAAGGUGGUCUGAAGGGUGUGCAGUUGAACCGUCAAGAAUCUUAACCUGCUUUAUUUAAUUGGUGCCUUGCCAGAAAAUGACGACACAAUCAACUGAACAAUAGUGAAUCAAUGUUAAAUAUCAGCUAAUUAUUUGACAAUCAAAGCUGUCAGUGAACCAGCGACAGCCCCAUGCAGAAGUUCCACCAUGAAGAGGGUAAUCUGGCUGAAACUCUGGGUCUGGGCACAGACACAUACGAGGUGAAGCUGGGCAACAGCUUCACGAACGGUCGGGGACCUGCCUUCCACACGGUGAAGUAUGACUUCAAGCCGGCGAGCGUGGACACGAGCAAGAUGGCGACGGUGAAGGUGGAGUCCAACCACCAGGUGACGGUGACGGUGCCCCACCUGGACGGGGCCGGGUUGCCUCACACCGUGUUCAAAGGCUCGGAACGGCCGUACCAGAAGGAGUGCGUGUUGAUCAUCGACAAGGCGACGGGACAGAUCACCCUGGAGAAGCUGAGUACCAACAUCCAGGUGAAGAAGACCCGGCCGGAACACGGCCCGAGGCAACACCACCCCAACAACCACCUCUCCCCUUCGACGGAGCCCCAGGCGAACAACCACUCCUCCCGGAAGGUGCCCUCUCAGCAGCCGGACAUCGCCAGGCCCAAGAAGUCGUUCAAGUCGACGUACGCCCCACUUUUGAGUGCCUCCGUCGGGGGCUGCAUCCCCAAGCACUCCCCCCUACGGUUAUCACCCUUGUACCCCUCCUCGCAGAGCCCGGUGCGCCCCCAACACAAGUCCCCGCCCAACCCCGCGGUCGCAGCCAGCCUGCCCACGCUCGGCCUGACGGAUGACUUCCAGCGAGACGUGCCGGAGUACGUGCAGCCCCGGGAGGAGGAGGACGUGGGAGUCCUGUCAGGCACGUCCAGUGACUCCACCAGCUGCGCCUCGUCGGACAGCGAGCACGAGCCGGACGCCAAGGCCAACAGCUUCCACGACCGCAACGGGGCGCUCCCCAGCGUCGUGAGGCCGGAGCAGAUACUGAAGGAGGACUUGCAGCUGUCGGAGUCCGGGUCGGAGAGCGACUGAGCGUCUGCGUGUUGUCAUAUACAAACAUUACUGAUUUGUGCAUUUACUGUAAAGUCAGUUAUAAGGUUGGAACAUGAAUUAAAAUUCCUCGAAUACA